UUUUUACAUUUAUGAUUAAGGUUAAUAUACCUUGUGACGUUUUUAUUAUUCAUUUACGUCUAUUGCGUUCUCAAUUAUAAGGAAUUUAAAAGUGACAUGAAAUCAAAAUAAUUAAAAAAAAGACGUCAAAUUUUAAACGGAUUUGGUUAUUUGAUUAUUAAGAAACAAACAAAAAGAAAAAAAAAAUGGCUAAUGAAACAGAAACAUUCAGACAUACGAAUGAAAUUGAGGAGACUGAAGGAGAUGCAGAUGAUAUUGAUGAAGAAGGAUCAGAUGGAGUUGUAAUUCCCGAACUUCAAGGAAAUUUAUCAAAAUGGACAAAUUAUAUACAUGGAUGGCAAAGUAGAUUUAUUGUUUUAAAAAAUGGUACAUUGUCUUACUAUAGAUCGGAGCAAGACAGUGGUUUUGGUUGUAGAGGAUCCAUAAGUCUUUUUAAAGCAGAUAUAAAGGCUCAUGAAUUUGACGAAUGCAGAUUUGAUGUGUCUGUGAAUGAUUGUUUAGUUUGGUAUUUAAGAGCAGGUACACCUGAGGAUAAACAACGUUGGGUUGAUGUUUUAAAAUCUUACAAGUCAGAGUCGGGAUACGGUAGUGAAAAUAGUUUAAAACGUCAUGGAAGUGCAAUUUCUUUAAUAUCAAAUACCCAAUCAACAACAAGUGCUGGUAGUUUUAGUAAACGUGGUGUUAGAAGUUUAAAAGAAAAACUUGCCGAAAUUGAAACCUUUAAGGAUAUAUUAAUUCAACAAAUAGAUACAUUGCAAAAAUAUUUUGAUAAUUGUGCAGAGAAUUCAAAAAAUGUUAGUAAAAAUAAUUUUACAGGCGAUAAAGGUGAAAAAAAUUUUAAUCCUGCUGAAUUAUCAGUGGAUUUUAAAGGUGAAGCAAUUACAUUUAAAGCAACAAGUGAAGGUGUACUUGCAACAUUACAACAUUGCGUUGAAUUAAUGGGACAAAGAGAAGAUGCAUGGCGACGAAGAUGGGAGAAAGAAGUUGAAAAAAAACGUAGAAUGCAUGAUUUGUAUAAAAAUUUAAAGGAUCAAGUCACAUUACAAAGUGGCGAAUCGCCAAGACCACGAGUUCUUAUUCAUGGUGGUCCAGAUUAUGAGGAGGGUCCACAUAGUGCACUUUGUGACGAGGAAUUUUACGAUGCUGUCGAAACAGGAUUAGACAGAAUUGAAGAGGAAAAUUUAUUAAAAGAUCGUUUAAAACAAAAAUCAGUUGUACUUCCCACAGCUUCCACAACUCCUGCAAUUAAGCAUCGACUUUGGUCUGAGAUAGAAAAAAUAACAAUGGAACAAUUACAUUAUGCGAGACUUGGAAUGGGAGCAGGAAGUUGGAUGUUAUUUGCUGAAGAUGGUGAUAUGCGUAUGUAUAGACGAGAAGAAGAAGCUGAUGGCUUAGUUGUAGAUCCUUUAAAAGCUUGCCACGUAGUUAAAGGAGUUACUGGAUACGAGGUGUGCAAAAUAUUUUUCAGUCCAGAAUAUAGAAGUGGAUGGGAAUCAACAUUAGAGGAUAUGUCGAUUAUUGAAACAAUAUCAAAGGAUACUUUAGUGUUUUUACAAACACAUAAAAGAAUUUGGCCAGCAAGUCAAAGAGAUGCUUUAUUUUGGUCGCAUAUGCGUAAAGUACCAGAUGAUCAAGAUCCAGACAAUCAAGAUGUUUGGAUUGUUUGUAAUCACAGUACAGAAUAUCCAGAUCAUCCGCCCAAUGUCAAUAAAUGUGUUAGAAUUUAUCUAACCGUUUGUUUGGUUUGUCAAACUGUAAUUGAUCCACCAAAAGAUAGAGAAAUCAGAAGGGAAGAUAUUACAUGUAAAAUAACGUAUUGCUCCGUUGUUAACCCCGGUGGCUGGGCACCAUCAUCAGUGUUACGUGCUCUUUAUAAAAGGGAAUAUCCCAAAUUUCUUAAACGCUUUACAAGUUUCUGUAAGGAGCAAUGUGAAAACAAGCCAAUUACAUUCUAAUACAUUCAAAUUCUCGCAGAUUAUAAUGAUUUAAUUAUAAUAUAUAUAUAUAUAUAUAUAUAUAUAUAUAUAUAUUCUUUAUGACACUAUUAAGUGAAACCAUUUUAAUCCAGAGAGAAUUAGAAAAUAUUUUUGCAUUAUUUUUUUAAAAUGUUCUUUAGUCUCUUAAAAAUUAUUAUUUCUUUUUUUUAAUUUCUCUGUAAACAAUGUGGAUAAGAAUAUGAAACUUGCAUACUUUUUUUUUAUACAAUUUACUUAUCAGUUGUCAUUAACAUAUUAACAAAAAAUUCAUUUGAACAAAGAGAAUUGUGAUUUGUUUUUUUUUUUAAAUAUUAAAGUCAAAGUCCAUCUGUACAAAAAGGAUAAACCUAUAUACUUAUUGAUAAAUAAUUAACGGGAAUCUGUACAUUAAAUAUUCGAGUUAAUAAUUAUUUUUAUUUAUGUAAAAAUAUGUUUAUGGAUGUAAGAUCACUAAUGGUGAAUCAUAAUAAAGACUGUUGCAGGUUUA